UCAAGUACUGACUGGGAUCCACUGAGGUGCCAACUCACACCUCACAGAGGAUAUAUACAGCAGGAACAUGCUCCUCCAGAAACCACAGCCUCAUUCAGCAGACAAUUUCUCAACUCUGCAGCCAUGGAUAUCUCCAGCUCUUCUCUUCAGCUCCAAGACAGCAGCGCUUCCAAGUUUGACUGCGAGAACCUUCUGGAUCAGAGCUACGCUGUAUCAGAUGCGGGAUACUACAGCGCCUGCAGCAGCCUGUCUCCAACCUCUUCCCUCGAUUCCUGCGGCUUCUCCCCUCCGGCUGACCCUAGCAGAGCGGGACAGGACAUACUGCAGAUCUUCCCUCAUGACAGCAUCACCACCCAGGAGAAGAGCAAGGUCCAGCCCCCCAAGAGAACCGGACGGCCAAGGUCAAAAUUCCCUGGAGUGAAGCGGCAAACGGCAAGUGAACGUGAGAAGCUGAGGAUGAGAGAUCUGACGAAAGCUCUUCAUCACCUCAGGACGUACCUGCCUCCAUCAAUGGCUCCUGUCGGAAAAACCUUGACCAAGAUCGAGACGCUGCGGCUCACUAUCCAGUACAUCUCCUGCCUGUCCGCUCAGCUGAAACUCAGUGAAGACGAGGAACAUCGUGGAUCUCAGGCCGAGGUCAACGCUGCAUCAACCAUCUUCGACAGCUUCACUGCGACCCCUUCAGAUCCUUUCAGAAGUUUCCCAGCUCAGCAGUUCCCAUCUAUGACCUGUUCUCAGACUCCAGUCGAAGGUGAUUUCCUUUCAAUCCCAGCUCCAGAAUUUUGGUUUCUCGAGCAGGACAAUUCAUUCCAUGGACAGUGCUGAUCAAAAUGGUCUGAAAUGCACAUUAUCUUAAUUCAGAUAUUAAUUUGCAUUUAAUGUUUGUACAAUAAUGAAAAUGAAAGACUUUAUAUUUGUAAAUAUUUGUACAGCUAUUUAUAUUUUUCUAUGUUUCAAAAUAUAUUAAUAUUUAUGAAUUUUCUGGAAAAUAAAG